AUGGUUUCUCAAGACCAAAGUAAGGACUCUGGCUCGAAAAAAAAUGGAGGUAAGGAGCUUGGAAUGGUAACUCCUCAAGACAAGUCCUUGAAGAAGAUGAAGUUUGUUUCAUCUGCUGAGACAGAACCAGCUAGCACGACAACAAUUUUUGAGGAUUCAAAGUCAGGUCGAGGUAUAAGCACAAUGCCUUGUGUUGUGAAGAGAAAAUAUCAUAAAAUCAAGCCAGUUGUUGAGUACAAUAAAAGGGGGAAAGGAUGUGGCCCUGCACAUACUGAGAUGCAGUCUUACAUUGGUGUGUUGGCACGCUCCAGAGUCCCACUUGUGGACAAGAAAUGGGCUGAAAUCCCCAAGGAUAUAAAGGAGCAGAUUUGGGAAGCUGUUGACAUGGCUUUUGUGGUAGGUCAAGGGGGCAAGAACCUGGUGUUAUCUUCUGCUGCCAAGAAAUGGAAGGAUUUCAAGUCUACACUAACGAGGCAUUAUAUCCUUCCAUACAUCAAGGAGAGGGAGAAAUUAAGCCAACCCCCUGAACUAUAUAAAUUCAUAGAGAAAGCAGAAUAG